GGAUAGAUGGACCAACUCUUCAACUGCAGCUUUCAAACUGUAUGUUUGCUGGGUUAGAAUAACAGGGGUUCCCGAGACACUGGAGCACUAUCAAGGUUUUUGUGAAGCUGGUUCUCUCAUUGGUUCAGUUUUGGAACUGGACAUGGAGCUCUAUAGGCAAUGUGGAGUUCUCAGGGCUAAGAUUGGAGUUAUGGAUCCUAGGAAAAUACCCUCUAGUGCUCCCCUGAAUGAAAGUGGUUUUAUCUUCAACAUAUACUUUGAACUGGAAGACAUAGUGGAGGAGGGUGGUCCUAUGGAGGAUGGUAUCUUGGUUAGCUAUCCUAGUGGUCCUGAUUCAUCUCAUAACGCUACAGAGAAAAGACCGAGAGAGCAAAGUAACAAUGAGGAGGUGGGAUGUAGCAAAUCUCCAAAACAUGGUAUUGGGGCUGGAAGGUCGGAUAAAGGGAACACUUCAGGUUCAUCAGAGGUUGUGAUUCCGAGUCAAUACAAACUUGAUAAGAACAUGGUUGCUGAAAAUGAGGUGAGGCAAAAAUUACUUGACAAAAAGCGGGAUGCUGAAAGAGUUCUCUCUGGUGUGGAACAGGUUAAUGCUGAGUUUGCUAAUAGCGCUGCUAUGUUGGAGGAUUUCACAGAAGUGCCUGGCAGCCAAAAGGAAGUAGAGUUUGAUUGCACUCAAGACCCAGAUGACUUUGCUAGGAGGCUUGGGAUUAGCACUCAAAAAGUUAAAGAAAUCAAUGACAAUGUUGAGAGGGAGAUGAUUGCGGAGGAAAAUGAGAAUCUGCUACUAGCACAAGAUAAGGAAAAUAGGAGCCCUUCUCUCAUCAGCUCCACUCAGGCCGUGACCGCUCCCGGGAGAGAAGUGAAUCAGAAGCAAACUCCCUUCUCUGACAAAGUUGAUGUAUGUUUACAAUACCCCUUACAAGACCUGUGUGGUGUCGAUGCAGUCAAUAAGCAGAAAAUGAGGGAGGCUGAAGCCAGAGUUCAGAAAGCAAAAGACAAGGCGGCGCUUGAUGAAGCUGCUAGGAGAAGGAGUGAAAGGCAUAAGAAUAAAGAUGAGGGGCAGACUAUGGACAAGGCUACUGAGAUGGCAAAGAAGAAAAAUUUGGAAAUGGCACCAGAGAAAAGGUGUGCAAAAAAUGCUUAGGGAGGUUUCCAAGAGGCUAUCUCGGGUAGCAAAUGAAGUCUAUAGAAGAACAUAUGGGUGGAAUCCUUCUACUCUAAGACUGGGUUUUGUGUCUACCUGAAAUUGGGCGAUUCUGUAGUAUGUUUGGACUAUUGUUUUGGCUGAUGUGCAAAUUGUAAAAGAUGUUUAAAAGUCUGUUCUCUCUCCGGUAGUGGGUGAUUUGGCAUCCUAUAGAUAUGGUUAUAUGUCUAGGAUGUAGGUUG